AUGCCCAAUAAACAAAAAUUAUAUCAUAAAAUGAGAAUGUCCUUUUUUCUUAGAAAGCAUUCUAUAUUAAAAUCUUUUAAAGAUAGUAUAUAAAGAUUGCUUUUGUGCAAUGUUUUGUAAAAUUCUUAAUAUUAAUAAGAGGGCUGGCUCAAAAAAACAAAUUAAAAAAAAAUAUAAAAGUAAGAAAAGAUUACUAUAAAUGCAAGAAUUUUGCUGCUACGAUUAUUAUUGCUGGCAAAUAUUAAUAUGGAAAUAGUCAUUUAAUUAAUUAGUUCUCGAUCUAAUAAAGUAGAAGUAUUAUAAAUAGAUUUAACUAGAAAUGUUAACAGAGUUAUUUAUUUAAAGUCAGUUCUAAAUAGAUAACCAAUUCAAGCUAUUUUAAUAGAUAUAGAAGGUUAGUUUGUUGAAAAAGAUGGAAACAUGA